AUGAAACUUCAAUACCUCGUCUCUUCCCUCAUCAGCCCUCUUGCUGCGGCGUUGACCAUUGCUGAGAUCAAUGGCAACAGCUAUCUCUCUUCCUACGCUGGCAAGAAUGUGACUGGUGUAGAGGGCCUCGUCACGGCUGUUGGCAGCUCUGGCUUUUAUUUGCGAUCAACCAAGCCUGAUCGUAACUCAGCUACUUCCGAGGGACUGUAUAUCUUUGGCAAGUCGGCUGUGAGCAGCGUCUCCGUGGGAGAUGUCGUCACACUCGAUGGCCUCGUUGAGGAGUACAGGUCCAACAAAGACUAUAUCUAUCUCACUGAGAUCUCUUCUCCCAAGAACAUUGUUGUCAAGUCCUCUGACAACAAAUUCAAGCCCAAGGUUAUUGGCAAGGAUACCGGUAACCCUCCAGGAAAACAAUUCUCCAAGCUUGACGACGGCAAUGUUUUUGCUGUUCCUAACAACGAGUCACUUAUCUCGGUGUCUAACCCCAAGCUGCAGCCUAACACAUACGGUCUUGACUUUUGGGAGAGUCUUGUUGGUGAGCUUGUCACUGUCCCUAAGGCGUAUGCUCUCAGCCGGCCCAACAGCUUUGGAGAUUUCUGGGUCAGGGGCAACUGGAAGGUUUCUGGUCUGAACAAGCACGGUGGUCUUACUAUGGUCGGCAACGAUGCUAACCCUGAGGCCAUCAUCAUCGGCUCACCUCUCGAUGGCACCAAGAACCCGAGUGACACUAAACUCGGCGACUAUGUUGGUGACAUCACUGGCGUGGUCUCCUACGCCUUUGGCUUCUAUCGCAUUCUUCCCCUGACUGCCACCAAGGUCAGCAAGCCUUCCAACGCUGAACACCCUGCCGUCAGCUUCACCAGCAAGGGAUCUUGCAAGGGCAUCACAGUUGCAGACUACAACACUGAGAACCUCAACCCUGCUUCUGCUCACUUGCCUCUCGUCAUCAAGCAGAUCGUUGAGAAGCUGCGAACUCCUGACCUGCUUUUCCUCCAAGAAGUUCAGGACAACAGCGGUGCUACCAAUGAUGGUGUCGUUUCCGCUAACCAGACUCUCGCUGCUCUGGCCGAUGGUAUCGAGGAUUCUAGUGGUGUUGUUUACGAAUGGGCCGAGGUCGAGCCUGAUAAUAACGAGGACGGUGGCCAGCCUGGUGGUAAUAUUCGCCAAGCUUAUCUCUACCGUCCUGAUAGAGUUGAGCUCGUCAAGCCCAAUCAAGGUGGCCCUAACGACGUCAACGCCGUUGUUGAUGGUCCCUCGCUCAAGUUCAACCCUGGACGCAUUGACCCUGCCAACCCCGCGUGGGAUGAUAGCCGCAAGCCUCUCGUAGCCGAGUGGAAGCCUGUCAAGGGUACAAAGAAGUCUUUCUUUACUGUCAACGUCCACUUUGGUAGCAAGGGUGGCUCAACUUCCCUACAUGGCGAUGCUCGCACUCCCGUGAACAAGGGUGUCGAGAAACGCACCAAGCAAUCCGAGAUCACUGCUAACUUUAUUGCAGAGAUCCUCAAGAAGGACAAAAAGGCACACGUUAUUGCCGCUGGUGACUUUAACGAAUUUGCCACCGUUGCACCACUUCAGACUUUCGCCAAGACAUCUAGUCUUGUUGAUGUUGAUGAGGCUGCCAAGAUCCCUGAGACAGAGCGAUACACAUAUCUGUUCGACAGCAAUUGCCAGGCUCUGGAUCAUAUGUAUAUCAGCAAGGAGUUGCGCAGGAGCAUCAAGUAUGAGCAUCUGCAUAUCAACACUUGGCAGAACACGGCUGGCGAGGUCAGCGAUCACGACCCUAGCGUCGCUAUGUUCGAUCUGUGCUAG